GACGAUUUUCGUAUACAAUAAUCUUAAAUUUAUGUUUUUGUUUGCUGAGAAGUUUACUUAGUUUUGUAACAGUGGUGCUGCGCCAAGCAAUGUUUUCAUAAUUUAGCACCAAAUCGGUAUGUUUUAUUAUUUCAACAGCCAAAUCAGACCAUUGUAUUGAGUUCUAUUCAAAUUCAAGGUUUUAUGGAAGUUUUUCUUGGUAUACAAACAAGAGUGUUUUAAAUUUUUUCCGUUCGUUUGUAUUUCGAGUUUCCACAAAAAAUUUGAACUGAAUUAGCAGAUAAAUAUAUAUCAAAUUUUGCUAAAGUAUGCUUGUUGCGUUUUCAAAAAUGUUCAGAUACGGUGCCAGCAAGAAGAGACUCGAUAUUAAGAAUUUUAAAAUAACUAAAAUUUUAUAGUUCUCAAUAAAACAAAACGUUAUUCACCAAAUUAUGAAGAUAUUGCCGAAUUAGAAACGGAUGAAGGCGGUUAUUAAUAGUAAUGCAAGAAAUUAUUUAUCUAAAUAUAAAAAGAUCAAUGUUUUUUUGAAGUCAUUUUUAACGUCUCGUUUUGUUUACUUUACUGAACUGCCGCUGUAUUCUACAUAAUUAGCAUCAUUGAGUUUUAAGUUUUUGUCAAAAAUACAACAGCCGUCAACAGUACUGCAGUUAUUGUUUUGAUUUUAUUAUACUUUAUUUUUCUGCUGUCGUAUUAUAGCAAAAACCAAAAUGCUGAACACUUCUAACAUUAUGUUGAUAAAUAUAUCGUCAUUUAACAAUAUAACUUCAGUAACUCACUUAUCUUAUAUUUUAGUCGUCAGUUGUCCUGCUAGUAUACUUUUACAUAUUGUUGGACUUUACUUGAUAACUAAGAACAAAAUUUUUGGUAUGCAUAAAAUCGAUCGUAUUAUUAUAAUAAAUUUAUCUGUUGCUGAAAUAUUUUUAAGUAAUGUUUUCCUUUUAUUUGCAAUAUUGAACUUUGCUGAAAAAAAAAUAGAAAUAUGGAUACGAGUAUUAAUAAAAUUCUUUAUAUUUGCUUAUUAUAUCACAGUUUUCUUAUUGACAUUAAACCGAUUUAUUAUACUUUAUUUGAAUGUUAAGUACGAAUCAGUGAUUACAAAAAAAAAAGCAGGAUUUUGUUUACUUUUUUCUUGGAUAUGCAGUUUAACGUUUGCUUAUUUUACUUCAAAACCGAGCAGAAACGUAGCAUAUAUUCAUCUUUCACUGGAUGUGGGUGUAUCAGCAUUAUAUAUAUUUGUUUACGCCUAUGCGAUAAACUUAUCGCAUAAAAUGUCAAAAAAAAAAUCACUUUUACAAGAACGAAAAUCGCUAUUGAAGACAUUAGUGUUGCCUGCUUUGUAUAUUACAACCUACAUACUUUUUACUGCGAUACCUCAUUUUAUAUAUGCGCCUUAUUAUAUUUUAGACAAAACUAUAAAUAAAAAUCUUGAACUAGUUUUGGAUAUUUUUUCUUCGUUAUCUUAUUGGAAUGAUGCUGUUAUAUUUAUUUACACAAAAAAAAUUAAAAAGUUUAUAACUCAAAAAAGGCACAAAUAUCAAUGUAAAGAAAUGCUUAAAUUGAGACGGAAACAAGUUGAUAAUUUAGUGAGGAUAGAUAUGGAGACUACACGGAGAGAAACCUCUGAGACAAUUGUAUUUCUUUGAAUAAACAAACUUUUUGGUAGAUAUUUUAAACUUGUAUGUAUAUUAAAAAUUAUUUAAAUAUUUUUAUAAAAAUA